AACGGAGACUUACCAGGCAACCCCUACAUGAGGGACAGGAUGGUGGAUCUGCUGGAGAGUCCAGAGAGGGAGCCUGUUGUGCUGCAGUAUCCAGAUGAAUACGAUCACCAGUAUGGGGAGAAGAUGCCGUUCCACCAUGUGACAGCAGGCCUGCUGUACAAGGGGAACUACCUGAGCCGCUCGCUGUCGGACAGCGACAGCGAUGUGCUGGCCAGCAUCUCCGUGGAGGAGCUAGAUGAGAUCCGGGAGGCGUUUCGGGUGCUGGAUCGUGAUGGCAACGGGUUCAUUUCCAAACAGGAGCUGGGCAUGGCCAUGCGCUCUCUGGGUUACAUGCCCAGUGAAGUGGAGCUGGCCAUCAUCAUGCAGAGACUAGACAUGGACGGUGAUGGGCAGGUCGAUUUUGACGAAUUCAUGACGAUCCUGGGACCCAAACUCCUGUCGUCUGAAACGAGAGAGGGCUUCCUGGGGAGCACGAUAGACACUAUCUUCUGGCAGUUUGACAUGCAGAGGAUCACCCUGGAGGAGCUGAAACACAUCCUGUUCCACGCCUUCCGUGACCACCUGACCAUGAAGGACAUUGAGAACAUCAUCAUCAAUGAAGAGGAGAGCCUGAAGGAAAACUCGGGGAACUGUCAGACGGAGUUUGAGGGAGUCCACCCUUCAAAGAAGAAUCGACAGACGUGUGUAAGGAAGAGCCUCAUCUGCGCCUUCGCCAUGGCCUUCAUCAUCAGCGUCAUGCUUAUUGCCGCCAAUCAGAUGUUGAGGAACGGCAUGGAGUAG